GGUGGGAUUGGUAAGACAACUAUGGUAAGAGCGGUGUAUGAGAGAAUCUCUCAUGAAUUUGAAUUUAGUUUCCUUCUUACUGACAUUAGAAACUACGUUGAAAAAAGUGGUCUACUUAAUCUACAAAAGCAACUUCUCUCUGGGAUUUGGACAAAAAAGGCCGACAUAUCAGACCUUCAUGAAGGAGCCACCAUUAUAAGGUGGUUAUUAGGUCACAAAAAAAUUCUUCUCGUCCUUGAUGAUGUGAACCACUCAAGCCAUUUAAAAUAUUUGGCAGGAAACCAAGAGUGGUUUGGUUCAGGGAGUAGAGUUCUCAUCACAACUAGAAAUGAGCAUUUGUUGAUCGAACAUGGAGUCGACAGAAGAUUAAAGGCCGAAGAAUUAAAUGAUGAUGAUUCUCUUCAGCUUUUUAGCCAGAAAGCAUUCAGAAGAGGUUACCCUGAAGAGCAUUUUCUUGGUUUGUCUAAAUCUGUUAUACAUUAUGCCAAAGGUCUUCCUUUAGCUCUUGAAGUACUGGGUUCUUUUUUGCACGGAAGAGAUCCAAGUGAAUGGAACAGUGCAUUAAGAAAACUAGGAAGAGUUUGUAACUUGGAAAUUUUUGACGUACUUAAAAUAAGUUACAAUGAUCUAGAUUCUGAAGAGAAGAAAAUAUUCCUAGACAUUGCAUGUUUCUUUAAUGGACAGGACAAAGAUAGAGUAAUAGAAGUACUAUCCAGUUGUGAUUUUUCUGCAAUUAUUGGAAUAAAAGUCCUCAUGGAAAGAUCUCUCCUGACUCUUUCAAAUGGAAAACUAUGGAUGCAUGAUUUGCUCCAAGAAAUGGGUCACGAAAUUGUCCGCAGGGAAUCUCCUAACGAGCCGGGCAGGUGCAGUAGGUUGUGGCUUCUUGAAGAUGUUAAACAUGUUUUGACCAAAAAUACUGGAACGGAAGCAAUAGAGGGCAUAUUUGUGGACUCAACCGAGUCAGGAGUAGAUCAGGUGAACGUGACUUCGAAAUCAUUUUUAAUGAUGAACAGAUUGAGAUACCUGAAGAUUAAGAAUGGGAACCUACCUAAGGGGCUUGAAUAUCUUCCCAAUAGUUUACGGAUUCUUGAUUGGAUGAGGUAUCCAUCAAAAUCUCUGCCAGCAGAUUUCUACCCUCAGAAGCUGCUCGAUCUUAGCUUGUGUCAUAGUUGCAUUAAACAUGUUCGGAUAGGAACUGAGCCUUUAUACAGUUUGAAAACCAUUAAUCUGAGUCACUCUCUAAAUCUUGUCGCAACCCCAAGCUUCAAAGGUAUGCCAUAUCUCGAGGUUCUGUUUCUUGAAGGUUGUAUAAGAUUGUAUGAUGUUGACCCAACAAUUGAAGUGCUCGAAAGACUUACUAUGCUGAACUUGAAAGAUUGCACAAAUCUUGUGCACUUUGCAAGUAGUGUAAGUGGCUUCAAAUCUCUCAAAGUUCUUAAUCUUUCUGGCUGCUCAAAGGUUAACAAACUACCGAAUGACAUGGGUCAUUUGGAGAGUUUGGAGGAGCUUUAUCUGAAUGAUACUGGCAUAAGAGAAUUACCUACAUCUAUUGAAAGGCUUGAAAGACUUUCUCUGCUAAACAUGGUAGAUUGCAAACAUCUUUUAUGUCUUCCAAGCAGUGUAGGUGGCUUAAAAUCUCUCAAAGAUCUCAAUCUUUCUGGUUCCUCAAAGCUUGAAAAAUUGCCAUAUGAGUUGGGUCAUGUUGCCUGUUUGGAGAAUCUUGAUGUGAGUGGAAGUGGCAUAAGAGAAGUGCCCUCCUAUAUUGGUCUUUUGAAAAACCUCAAAGAAUUAUCCGUCGCUGGAUGUAAAGCAGAGUCACCUAAAUCAUGGAAUAUGAUGUUCAACCCCUUUCAAUUAUUCCUAAAGAGAAGUUACGUUCCCGCAAGAUUAUCACUGGCUUGUUUAUCUGGUUUGUGUUCAUUAACUUACCUGGAUCUAAGUGACUGCAAUCUUUCUGAAGAAGCAAUCCCCAAUGAUUUUGGAUGCUUAGCCUCAUUGCGUAAUUUAAAUUUGAGCCAAAAUCAAUUUGUUAGACUACCUGAGAGCAUCAGCCAACUCUCUAGACUUGAAUAUCUUUGGUUGGAUUGGUGUCUCGAACUUCGGACAUUACCGGAGAUUCCACCUCAUGUAUGGGUUAACGUUAGCAACUGCAAUUCAUUAGAUACAUUGCCCAAUCAAAUGGGACUAUGCAAUUUGGCGAUAGCAGCAAGAAAUGCUAAAAUUUUCAACAUGAAGAAGUAUGAAAGAUCUGAGAGAAUAGAACUUUUAUUGCUAACACGCUCCCUCAAAACAUUAUCUGACCAUGAAAGGUUUCACUUUAUUGGUCCUGGAGAUGAAAUACCAGAGUGGUACAAUCACCAAAAUGUGGGGUCUUUUAUAAUUGUAGAGCUGCAUCCAGGCUGGUUUAGUAACAAGUGGAUGGGAUUGGCCUUUUGUGUCAUUUUUAGACCUGUGAAACCACUCCAGCCUGGGGUUGAGUGGUCCAUUAAUUGCUCACUAAGGGUCAAUGGACGAUCCUUGGGUGGCCAAAGUAUAUUGUUUGAGGAAAACCAAGGUGAACCUGUGUUGGAUCACAUUUGGUUAUUUUAUGUGCACCGUAGUCGAUACUCGGUACAAGAGUGGCAGGAUAUCUACUAUCAGCUUGAAUUCUCAUUUAAAACCUCCAUGUAUGAUGUCGGGCAUGAAGUGGAAAUUGGGCAAGUGAAGAAAUGUGGGGUUCGUAUGGUGUAUUUGGAAGAUGUGGAGGAGCUUUGGCAAGCAGAGCAAUACUAA